AUGAUGGGGGAAAACCAGACACUAGUGACUGAAUUUGUUCUCAAAGGAAUCACAGACCGUCCAGAACUGCGACUACCCCUGUUUCUGGUGUUCUUACUGAUUUAUGUCAUCACCAUGGUGGGCAACCUGGGAUUGAUUUUUCUCAUCUGGAGGGACCCCCAUCUUCACACUCCAAUGUACUAUUUCCUCGGCAGUUUGGCCUUGGCAGAUGCAUGCACCUCAUCUUCAGUGACUCCCAGAAUGCUUGUCAGCAUCUUAGAUAAUGGGGAAAUGAUAUCCCUCUGUGAAUGCAUGGUCCAAUAUUACUUUUUUGGCUCCAGUGCAACUACGGAAUGUUUUCUCCUGGUAAUGAUGUCCUAUGACCGCUUUAUUGCCAUCUGCAACCCUUUGCUCUAUCUAGUGGUGAUGUCCAACAGACGCUGCACCUGGCUCAUCAGUGUGUCCUAUCUGACUGGUUUUCUGCAUCCCUUUAUUCAUGUUGGACUACUAUUUAGACUGACUUUCUGCAAGUCCAAUGUCAUAGAUCACUUCUACUGUGAAAUCUUACCACUCUACACACUUUCUUGCACGGAUCCCUCCAUCAAUGCAUUAGUGGUUUUUAUUUUUGCUGUUUGUAUACAAGCUAUUACUUUCAUGAGCAUUAUUAUCUCUUAUAUCCGCGUCCUCCUUGCAAUUAUGAGAAAGAAGUCCGAGAGGGGCAGAAGUAAAGCCUUCUCCACAUGCGGUGCCCACUUGCUCUCUGUCUCUUUGUUCUAUGGCACUCUCUUCUUCAUGUAUGUGUGCCCCGGGACUGGGACAGAUAAAUAUCAAGAUAAAAUGUACUCACUGUUCUAUACUAUUAUAAUUCCUUUGUUGAACCCGUUUAUUUACAGCCUAAGAAACAAAGAAGUUUUAGGUGCAUUGAGAAAAAUGAUAAAUAAGUAA